CUAAUCCAGAGCCGUAAAACAUAUUAUUCAAAAAAGCUGUUUCUUUCCAAAAGAACCUCUCAAAAAAACACGUGCGGAUUGAGUGCGAGUUGGUUUUGCAAUAAAUUUGUCAUUUUAAUUGAUUGGUAAAAACAAGCAGCAUUAGUGUAACGUAAUCUGAAUUGUGCACUAUAAAUUAAAACAAUGCCUAAGUCUAAGAGGGAUAAGAAAGUUUCUUUAACAAAAACAAAUAAAAAGGGCCUGGUUUUGAAACAAAAAACUAUUGAAGAAAUCCGGAAUUCAUUGUCCAAAUAUGAACACAUUUUUCUUUUUACUGUUGAUAACAUGAGAAACACAAAAUUAAAAGAUUUACGAAGUGAAUGGAAAGAUUCAAGAUUCUUUUUUGGCAAAAACAAAAUUAUGGCUGUAGCACUGGGAAGAAGCAAAACUGAUGAAGUUGAAGAUCAACUUAAUUUGCUUUCCAAGAGGUUAAAAGGUCAAUGUGGUUUGUUGAUGACGAACAGGGAUGUAUUAGAUGUUCUACAAUGUUUUAAAACUUAUUGUGCGACGGAAUUUGCUCGUUCUGGUUUCAUAGCAACUAAAGAUAUUACGUUACCAGCUGGACCUUUAAAAGAUUUUUCACACACUAUAGAACCACAUCUUCGACGACUUGGUCUUCCAACAUCCCUUGAGAAAGGAGUCAUUCAUUUAAUAAAAGAAUUUAAGGUAUGCAAAAAAGGAUCACCUCUGUCACCAGAACAAGCAAGUAUAUUAAAACUUUUCGGAAUUCAGAUGGCACAAUUUAAAUUAGUUAUAAAAUGUCACUGGACCAAAGGGAAAGGUUUUCAUAAGGAUAUCAACAUACCAAGUGACAGUGAAGAUAAUGAUGAUGACAAUGAAGAAAACAUACUAGAAGACGAGGAGAUGCAAGAAGAUGAAACCUAAAUAUAUUAUUUAGUAUUUUAAAUUU